CGUAUUUUGCAGCCACAUGAACCAGAACAAAAUGAGAGCAUCUAUGAUUUCCUAUGCAGCUCUAAAGUUCGGAAUUUUGAAAAGAAUCAUUUGGAUACCCGUAGACAAAGUACUGAAAAUGCUUCGAUAUGUAGAUUAGCAUGCAAGUCUUCUAAAGGCAGUACGACCGUCAAUGGUGUUGCUAUAACUAUCGACCAGGACUUUCUUCAUGCUAAAGUCAGUAUAUGGGAUAACAUUAUCGAUAUGCGUACUUCCUUACAAAACAUGCUAAGAGAGUACCCGUUAAAUGGAUAUGUGGCGGAGCCAGAUAAAUCACAGUUAAUCGAGGCCCUGAAAUUUCAUUCCAGAGGUGCUGAAAAGAUCGGUGUGGGAGUAAGAGAAAUUAAGAUCGGGUUGAAUCCUAGUCACCCAGGUACAAGGUGCUUCAUUUUGCUGAGAAACGAUGAUACCACUGAAGACUUUUCUUACCACAAGUGUGUUCAGGGUGCUGCAGACUCUAUCUCACCCCAGCUCGGAAGUUAUUUGAAGAAACUAUAUUACAGAGCAUAAGCUUAUGCAACACUCCCACUAGUUCAUUUUUUUAACUAAAACGUGGCAAAUAAAAAAGAACGGAUGGAGUAGGAUUUUGGAAAGUGUUCCUGGCAACAUCUUGUUCUGAUCAGACCAUAUUACCAAUUUCUGAUAAGGAAACUACGUGUCGCAUUUUAAGGAUGAGGUGAAAACUGAAAGGGUCUGGCGCUCAGAACUCAGAAGGUCUUCUGGACUGGAGGUGUAUGUCAACUCAACUCAAUGGGACUAUGUAAGGUGGGCCUGAGUCAUGACUGCGGUUUCAUGCCUGCAAUUCUCUAGUCAGUAGUAUAAAUACUAGUCUGCGUGUUUUCUAAUAUGAAGAUCCAUCUAUUUUAUUACUUAACCAUAGCGUAGAUGAUUGGUAACAGAUAGAUACAUUUUAUUUACUGAUUAAAAUGCAGCAGCGACUCCCCGAACUUAAAACAGGUAAACGGGUGUGGAAACUUAGUGGCUCAUUCAAAACUGUCUAAAAUCGGGUUUGCUCAAACAAAGUGUCGACAUGGCAUGUCAUGUUGAAAUCA